ACCCUCCUUUUGGCUGGGGAAUGAGACCUUGAAAGUGCCCGUAGCGCUCUUUGCCUUGAAUAGAAGACGACUGUGUGAUCGCCUGAGACAGAAUAAGGAUGUCCAGCAGAAUUCAGUUGUUCUGCUGCAGGGUGGAGAAGAAACCCAGAGAUACUGUACUGAUACUGGUAUCGUGUUUCGCCAGGAAUCUUUCUUUCACUGGACUUUCGGAGUAACUGAAGCAGGCUGCUUUGGAGCGGUAGAUGUUGAUACUGGAAGAUCCAUGCUUUUUGUUCCACAACUCCCUGAAAGCUACGCGGUUUGGAUGGGAAAGAUCCAUCCCCCUGAAUUCUUCAAGAAAAAAUAUGCUGUGGAUGAAGUCCACUAUGUGAAUGAGAUAUCCAGUGUCUUGGCUUCGAAGAAACCUGCUGUGCUGCUUACUUUGCGCGGUGUUAAUACUGAUAGCGGAAAUGUCUCCAAAGAAGCUUCGUUUGAGGGAAUCAGCCAAUUUAAUGUGAACAACAAAAUCCUUCAUCCUGAAAUUGCAGAAUGUCGUGUGAUUAAGACAGACAUGGAGUUGGAAGUUCUGCGCUACACCAAUAAAAUCUCCAGUGAAGCUCAUAAAGAGGUAAUGAAGGCAGUAAAAGCAGGUAUGAAAGAAUACGAGAUGGAGAGCCUGUUCCAGCACUACUGCUAUGCGCAAGGUGGCAUGCGCCACACUUCCUACACUUGCAUCUGUGGCAGUGGGGAGAACUCAUCUGUUUUGCACUACGGCCAUGCUGGAGCCCCAAAUGAUAAGACUAUUGAAGACGGAGACUUGUGCCUGUUCGAUAUGGGAGGAGAGUAUUACUGCUAUGGCUCUGACAUCACCUGCACCUUCCCUGCAAAUGGAAAGUUCACUCCUGACCAGAGGGCUAUCUAUGAAGCGGUGCUGAAGUCAUCGCGGGCUGUAAUGAAAGCAGUCAAACCAGGGGUCGCCUGGCCUGAUAUGCACCGUCUGGCUGACAGAGUCCAUCUGGAGGAGUUGACUAAAAUUGGCAUUCUGAAAGGCAAUGUAGAUGACAUGGUGAAGGUUCAUCUGGGUGCAAUAUUUAUGCCACACGGACUUGGACAUCUACUUGGAAUCGAUGUGCAUGACGUUGGAGGCUACCCAGAGGGAGUGGAGCGCAUUGACCUGCCGGGGCUCAGGAGCCUGCGCACUGCCCGGAGCCUGGAGCAGGGCAUGGUGCUGACCAUCGAGCCGGGCAUCUACUUCAUCGACCACCUCUUGGACCAAGCCCUCCGUGAUCCUGCGCAGUCCUGUUUCAUCAACAACGACGUCCUGCAGCGCUUUAGAGGAUUUGGUGGGGUCCGGAUCGAGGAUGACAUCGCAGUGACAGCCAGUGGAAUGGAGCUGCUAACGUGCGUCCCACGUACUGUUGAAGAAAUAGAGGCUUUCAUGGCAGAAGGCCAAAGUAGUGCCAAGUCAUUUGACAGCCUCUCCAGCCAAAAGCAGUAAACUUCAGGAUGAUACUGUCUCACACUAAUCAGUCAUCGUUCUGAUUUAAUGCUGCAGCAUAUAAAAUAAAAUGCAUCCAAUUCUUAAUAGCAAGAGAGGCAGGCAGGCUAUUAGCUGGAAUGAUUCAUUCAUUAAAAAUGAAGGUAGAAAGCUUCCGCACUUGAUAUCCAGGUAACUCAAAUGCUGCUGCUUGUAAUCAGCAGUUUACAUUACCAAGUGCCACCUGAAUAACCCUGCUGCA